AUGAGCAUGGAUGACAACGAACAGCAGCGGCUGUCUGCUCUGGAGACCAGCAUACAGAACAUCGAGGCCGUACUCACCCGCCUCAUCUCUCAACAACAACAACCCCCUGCCCCUGCCCCUGCUCCAGCUCCGGCAGCGGGUCCAGGUGUUCCUACUGGCGCCAGCCCUGCGCGCCCCCUUAUCCGCCCGAAUCCUCCCUUCUCCUUCGAUGGGGAUCGCACCCUGGGCAAGAGCUUCUUGCAUUCAGUGAAGCAGUACUGGCGUCUGCUUCCUGAGGCGUUCUUCGUGAAUGGGGCAGUCUCGGAAGAAAAGGUAGUCCGCUUUGCCCUGUCCUACAUGUCCAAGGACUCCGCAGCCUCCUGGUCCGAGCGCAUGUCCGAGCGCACCCCAUUCCCGUUCCCUACUUGGGCUCUCUUCGUCACCGAGUUCAAGCUCUGA